AUGUCGAAAUUGCUCAACGGCAACGAAGUUGCCCAGCACGCUUCACGCGACUCGUGCUGGGUCAUCGUGUCGGGCAAAGUCUACGAUGUCACCGACUAUCUCGAAAAACACCCCGGCGGCGCCCAGAUCCUGUUGCAGUACGGCGGCAAGGACGCCACGGCCAUGUACGAACCCAUCCACCCGCCGGGCACGAUUGAACGCUCGCUACCGCAGGACAAACACCUGGGACCGGUCGAUCCGGCCACGGUAUCGAGUUUGGCGACGCCGCAAGUGACGCGCGAUCUCGACAAGAUGGCCCGGAUCCCGCUCGCGCACUGCAUGAACCUGGACGACGUCGAGAAGGCCGCCACGCGCAUCAUCCCCCACAGCGCCUACGUCUACUUCAGCUCGGCAGCCGACAGCCUGGGGUCCCUGACCAACAACCGACAGGACUGGAAGAAGGUGACGCUGCGCCCGCGGGUGAUGCGCAAUGUGCGACGGGUCGACAUGACCCGGACGAUGCUGGGGACCAAAUCCCGCCUACCUUUCUUCAUCGCCCCGGCCGCGCGGGCGAGGCUGGUGCACGAGGACGGCGAGCUGUGUCUGGCGCGAGGGGCGGCCAGGCGAGGCAUCCCUUACUGCCCGAGCACGUACUCGACGGUGCCGCACGACGAGCUGAUGCAGUGCCUCGUGGCGGAGAAGAAGAAGGUGCGAUUCCGCAACUUUGGCGCCGAGGACGGCGGCACGCUGUGGUUCCAGCUGUACGUGGCGCACGAGAAAGCACGCACGCUCGAGCUGGUCGCCAUGGCGCGCGACCUGGGGUACAAGGCGCUGGUCAUCACCGUGGACACGCCCGUGGUGGGCAAGCGCGAGGAGGACGAACGCUACCGGGCCGAGCUGGCCACGGCGAGCGGCGACAAUUCCGUCCUGACGGAAUGGUACAAGCCGGCUAAUGAGGACGACGAAAACAGUCCCCCCCUCCGGGGCCACCACUCGUCCACCCUGAACUGGGACGACUUGCCCUGGAUCCGCGAGGCGUGGCGCCAGGGUCGGGAAGACGCGGGCCCCAUCGCCAUCAAGGGCAUCCAGACCGCCGAAGACGCCGCGCUCGCCGUCUACGAGCACGGCGUCGACGCCAUCUAUCUCAGCAACCACGGCGGCCGACAGUGCGACGACGCCCCCUCGUCCAUCCGCACUUUACUCGAGAUCCGCAAGUUCUACCCGGAGCUGCUCAAGAGGACAGAGAUCUACUUGGACGGCGGGGUGAGGAGGGGCGCCGAUGUCAUCAAAGCCUUGUGUCUUGGGGCCAGGGGCGUGUCUUUGGGCAGGCCGUUCAUGUAUUCUGUCGCCAUGGGGGACGAGGGCGUCGCCAAGGUCAUUCAACUUCUAUCUGAAGAAAUCGAAACCACAAUGCGGUGCAUGGGCGUGACGUCCCUCGACCAACUGAACCCGUCGUUCGUCAACACAAAGGUCCUUGAGAUGGAGAUCCCAGAUCGUUUGGUCGGUGGUGAUGAUGACUCGGGGGCGGAAUAUGGUGAGGCGUGGGUGAGGGGGUUGAAGGCUAGACUUUAG